GGAGAAGAAGAUGGGCUGCUGACAACAAGGGAAGGAGCAGUGUGGUUAUCACGAACUAUCAAAUAAAUACUUCUUGGCUAUUUUAUUCAUCAUUUCAUCGACUUGUCGGGUUUUUCGGGGUAUUUUAAAAUGAUCAUUACCGUAAAGCCACUUCAAGGAAAGGAGUGCAGCGUCCAGGUGACCGAAGAUGAAAAAGUCUCCACAGUGAAGGAACUUGUGUCUGAACAGCUGAACAUACCAGCAAAUCAGCAGCGGUUACUCUACAAAGGGAAGGCGCUUGCAGAUGAACACAAACUGAGUGAUUACGCCAUUGGACCAGAGGCUAAACUGAAUCUAGUUAUUCGUCCUGUUGGCGAAAGGACUGUGGCUUCAGGGGCGGCUGGCUGCAGUAGAAACUUUCAUGGAGGAGUGUGGCAGACUGUGUCUACUAUACUCGCCAGACACUUCAGUCCAGCCGAUGCAGCAAAAGUACAUGAACAGCUUAUAAAGGACUAUGAACGGUCACUACGCCAGCUUAGCCUAGAUGACAUUGAGCGGUUGGCGGGGAGAUUGCUUCACCCAGAUGGCGAGGGCAUAGACACCUCAUACAUGGACUAAGACUGUAUUGCAUAACUUAAACCUACUUUUUAUGAAAAGGUUUUUUUUUGUGUGUGUUUCUUUUUUUUUUUUUUACUUUGUUCCUAAGAGAGGCACUCAGUGCUUGAAGAUGGUGUUUAGAGGCCAUGCAAAAUACAAUAUGAGCUUUCAGCUGCACACAUUAUUCCCUGUUGUGUGUCUGAUCAGUGGCUGAGUGAACAUGGAUAACCGACUGUUUGGUUACCUCAGCUGCAGGGCUUUCUCCUCCAUAUACAAUGGACUCAGAUAAGAAAACAUGGCCACUUGGCUUGUGCGUUGAUGGUUCAGUGAUGACUCAAGGCUAAGUCAUACAGUAUCUGAAUACAAAGGAAUCCAUUUAUGCUGUUCUCUCUUGAUCUCUGGCUGCUAAAAAAUCCCAGGGGACACUAACUUCUUCUGGAGAGUAUUUAUGAUUAAUGUCUGUGUUGAAUGAUGACUGGGUAUGUUCUGUUAAGCAUCUGUGAGAAAGUAAAACAUGUUUUAUUCAGUAACUUACUAAAGGCCAUUGUAUGAUUUGUAAAUAUGUUUAUAUUUACAGACAUUAAAACCCAGAAAAAUAAAAUAAA